GAUUUUAGAUGACUCACAAAAUAUACAUAAACUGCCAAUUCAUACAAUAUUUUUCUUAUAUUUACAGCGUGUUUUUCAGUUCGGAUAUUGAUAUGUGUUGUUCGCCGUAUAGAUUGAAGCGAGCCCUCUGCAAACCAGUUGUUAUUCUGGCCCUGACUUUCUUACUUGUCUUCUUCAGAAACAAAUACACCCAAUCAGAUGAGAGCAUUGGUGACAAUAUCACAACCGCCCAGUCAAUACAAGAACACGAGAUUGCUCAACUCACUUCAGAUCAACAUCAGAAAAGUGUUCGAGACAUCCACACAGUUGAGUUUCCGAUCAGAUACCCGAUGGGAGGUAUCAACUACAGGGAGGCAUGCCCUCUGGACUUCGACUGUUUUGUACACUCCGGACAUCAAAUCCAGAACCUGAUAAAUAUUUCCCACUUUGAUUUGGUCUUGGCCAGGGGACCUCAGGGAGUGAAGAGGCUGAACGACUUGUGGCUGGCAGGAGGGAAGAAGCGAGACCCCAAACAGGUGUGGGUUUCGAGUCACGCCGAAUCAGUUUUGAAUGGAGUUAACUUCGCAGGUCUGAAUGACGACAUGGACUCUCAAUUUAACUGGACAAUUUAUCGCUCAGAAAACGCAACGAUCAAUUUCAACAUGUUCCAUGUUAAGAAAACGAGCUCCUACUCUAUGGAAAAUGUCAUCAAAGAAUAUACUGCUCUUGGAAAAACGAAAUCUUUUUGCUGGGCCAUCAACAACUGCAAUAAUGGAUGGACCAAACGAGUCGACUUGGGCAUAAAAAUUAUCCGGAAUUUACCGGAAAAAAUUCAUAUGUGGGGAAUGGCGCCCCGAACGUGCUUCAGUCCCGUUUCUGACCAUAUUUUUUCUCACGGAUCCUUUAAAAUCUCUAAAAACCCUCAAAUUUCAAGACGAGAAAAAAUCCAGGAUUGUAAAUUCUAUUUUUCGCUCGAAAAUUCAAACUGCAGCGGUUACAUAACUGAAAAGUUCUCCAACGCUUUGUUAUCUUACGCGGUACCUAUAGUUAAUGGUUGGUUGGAUUCGUACGAAAAAGAAUUGCCAGGAUCGUUUAUUCAUGUGAGUAAGUUCAGAUCAAUGGCCGAAUUAGGAAACUAUUUGGAUUACCUUCUCAAAAAUGAGACCGCUUAUUUUGAGUAUCACAAAUGGAGAUUGCAAAAUACAGUUAUUGAUCACGACGAAAAAGACACGAAACGAGAAUGCACCAUGUGUCGGAAAAUGGCAGAGGUCGUAAAAUCUUUCGACUCGAAUAUGCCUCUAGUUUCAACCAUAAAUAGUCUUCGACAAAAAUUCAGAGAUGGAUCUUUUUCAAAAUGCAACACAACGCAACAUUCACUGACAGAUAAAAUUUUGAAAAAAAGUUCUAAAAAUUCUGAUUUCAAGUUUUAGAUUUCACUCCGUGGUGAAUGUACUUUUGGUCUGACCUAAAAACAAACAUCAUGUUGGAUCGAGUUCAUAUAAAAUCAUAUCCCUUAAAGUCAAUGUUCAAACGAAAUCAGAUUAA